AUGACAACCUUUUCACUCAUUACGAUCACCGUCUUCGUCUGUCUCUGCGCGGUCAGACACUACAAGGAAGGACUGAAGCGUUUAUUACACAAGAUCACCGGGAAGGAUUGUUCAAAUGUCAACCAAUCUGAUGUCAAGCGCCUGGCACCAUACCCAGCACAGCCCAUCAAGGGCAGAGAUCGAUACCGUGUCAUGAUGGAUAUUCGGAGGCUCGACGUCCACAAUUGGCUCACCCUCGACAAGAACUACAUGGACGAGCACCGGGUACGGACCCAAUUGCUCGAGGAGAAACGCGGCAAAGUCAUCCAGUGUCUGCCCGAGUCUCUGGAGUCAUGCCAGGAAGCAUUAGAGGAGGUUUCGGACUUUUUGUGUGAACGAUUCUCGACUGCGUUCACCAUGUCAACCCACAACAACCAAAAAAUCAUCGAAAAUCGCAUGACCGGCGACAAAUUUGCCGUCAGCGGACGCAAUCCUAAAGAAGGAUUGACGGAGGCACUCGAAGCCGCGGUGCGUUUGACCAUGGAGGAUCUGAGUAUCCUGAUGAUGAACGAGGAAGGAGAAUAUUAUCUCGCAGCAAGUGCCAGUCUCUUCCCGACAGGCUGGACCGUCAAUCAGAGGAUCGGAUGGACAAUCUCCCAAUUACACGGCCCAGUACCUCUCUGGCACCAACAGGUUGCGAACUCAGUCAGCAAAUUCCUAGCCCGCUUGACACCAGACUCGCCAAUGGAACGCUCAAACUACUUCGUUGAAGUCAAAAGCCCCGGCGAGAGCCUGACUGACAUUCUGUACCGACCCAACGCCCUCUGCGAAAAGGAAUUAAGCAACCCCGAGUCGCCAUCGCAGAUCCUCAUCCGUCGCGAGAGGCAGACGUUUCGACGUCUCCCGCGCACAGGCGCCCUGGUCUUUGGCGUUAAGACCUAUCUCACGCCUCUGGAUGAGCUUCCCAUGACUGAGCUGGCGAACUUGGCCAAGGAGAUGAAGACCUGGCCUGAAUAUGUGAGCGAAUAUAAAGGGAGAGAUGUGUGGGGAGCCAAGGUCUUGGAAUAUUAUCGAGAGCGUGGGGGCGAGCUGGAGGAAAAGGAGGAAAAGCUUGAUGUUUGA